UAUCGUCGUUUUUUUUUUUUGCCGUUACCUACGAACAUGUUAUUAUUACCUACUAGUAGCAGCCGCUAUCGGUUUGGUGAUGUCAGAUGUUAUUGCAAAAAAAACCAUUGCUGUGAGCGCACUCUCCCUGACUAGUCGUCGCUCGCCGUCGUCGCACGUCAUCCGUUCAGUAUUGCGGCCGGCCACGACGCGUUGCCCGUGCACCGCCGUUAUCGCCCUUUGCCGGCGCGCACUGCCGUCAUCGUCGACACGUGUGGCACACGACCGCCGCAGUCGGUCCGCUUGGACUUUGGGCACAGCACCGUCGUCUGUCGCUCUGGAAACACCGACGAUGGAAGGCAAGUCGGCCCCAGCUGCCACCGACCACUGGUUGGAAGUCAACGGAGUGGCCACUAGGGUGUUGUGCUGUGGCCGGAGUGUGGCCGCGGACGGUGACAAACCCAUUGACAGAUUGCUGGUAUUCGUGUGUGGCAACCCGGGCGUGACAGUCUUCUACGAACGAUUCCUGGAGGAAUUGCACAAGGCCACCGGCAUUCCAGCCUGGGUGGUGUCUCAUGCCGGUCACGAGAUGCCUCCGGCCAAUUCAGAGUUAAGGGUUCCCGACCAAAAAGCCCAUCCCGAAUUGUACACAUUACAGGGUCAAGUGGAACACAAGCUACGGUUUGUCGAGAAGUACGUGCCGGACAAAUGUGAACUAUACUUGGCUGGCCAUUCGAUCGGCACGAAAAUCAUAUCGGAAAUGCUCAAGGACGAGACGAUGACCACUAGGGUGAACAUUAAACAAGCGCUGUUCUUUUUCCCCACCCUGAAGAAGAUGCGCGACACCCCCAACGGCCACAAUCUCAUAACGAUGACUUCGUAUCUUCUGAGCACCACGUUGUUCCUAUCUUGGAUUUUUACAACAUUCCCUAAUUUUAUCAAAAAGUCCUUAGUGAAAAUGACACUGAUGAUAAUGGAAGGCAGGUCUGUCGACGAUUACCUGGUCAGGUCCGGUUUGGUCUUGGUCCAUCCAACGGUAUUGCGAAAUGUGUUUGCCAUGGCACUGGACGAGAUGGACAAAGUAUACGAAUUGGAUUCCAAGGUUUUAAACGAUAACGCAUCAAAGCUGCACAUGUACUUUGGAAACUGUGACGGAUGGGUGCCAGUACCGUUCUACGAUGAGAUCCAUAAGCAGGUGCCCGAGGCCGAGGCCGUGCUGUGCGACAAAGGGUACCAACACGCUUUCGUGCUCAGGUAUUCCGACGAGAUAGCGGCCAUCGCGACCGACUGGAUUAACAAGGAUCUGAAAAAAUGACUGGAUCAUCAUUGCGCAAAGAAUUUUUACAUGUUAAAUCCAACGUAAAGUUGGAGAAGAAAUUAUAUAUGUUUUUUUUUAUAUGAGCUGUACCUCACAUACAUAUACGAGUA